CUUUCCACUUCUUUUUUUUUUGUACUUUUUGAUAGGUAAAUUCUUGCCCACAGGGACUUGAACCUGAACCUCCUACAAACCCUCCCCAACCCUUGACCACCUUGGUCUUCCCACUUUUUUUUUUGUCUAUUAUCAUAUCUUUUACCUCCCAAUUUAAUACUCUUUUUCUAACAUAUAUAAAUAAAUCUGUUGUUCUGUUUCUGAACCACUGUUUAAUUUAGUAUUUUCAUGAAGUUGCCAUGGUCUUGGGCUUUGAUAUUCAAUAUUUUAUUGAUGGGUGCUGUAUAAUAUAAAGGUUCUGGAAAUCAACUUAUUGAUUGAAACAAACUGGAAUUUUUGUCUUUUAGGGUUCUAGUGAUGUCAUGAAAACUCUUCAGAAUCAUCUGUUACUGCAAACCGAUUGAAAUUCCCACAAUUGGGCAGCCUGAAAAUUUCUUUCUAUGCAUCUUGGUUCAUUUUUUUUUUGCCCCUAUGUUGCUUUCAAACUAAUUUCAUUUGCAUUCUCUUUUUCCUAAAAAAACCCUAAAAAUGAAUAUGUUAAUAAGAAAUAUGAUACCGGGAAGGAUGAGAGAUGCUUCCGAGAAAAGGGGCAGGAAAGAAAAACUGGAGGAGAGAAGCCAUCUGAGGAAUGAAUAUAGGGGGAGGUAAGGGUGUGGACCUUCUAAGUGUUGAAUAUAGGAAGGCAGUAUCCAGUUUGAUGCUCAAGGCUUCUCUUAGUCCUGGACUAAAGACUUGGACAGAAGGCAAUCAUGUUGGUCUGGGCUUUGAAGGGACCAAGGAAAGAAUCAAGAAGAUGUUUGACAAGGUUGAGCUUUCGGUAUCUUCAUAUGACACAGCUUGGGUUGCUAUGGUCCCUUCUCCAUAUUCCUCACAGGCCCCAUACUUCCCGGAGUGUGUGAAUUGGUUAUUGGAAAAUCAGUCUCAUGAUGGCUCAUGGGGUCUUCCUCAUCCCCAUCCCAUGUUAGUCAAAGAUGCUCUUUCAUCUACUUUGGCAUCUGUCCUUGCACUCAAGCGAUGGGGUGUUGGUGAAGAGCAAAGGAACAAGGGGCUCUGGUUUAUUGCAUCCAAUUUUGCUUCAGUUAGCGAUGAGAAACAACAUUCUCCAAUUGGAUUCGAUAUAAUAUUUCCUGGUAUGAUUGAGUAUGCCAAAGAAUUAGAUUUGAACCUCCCUUUGGGGCAAAGAGAUGUAGAUGCUAUGCUUCAGAAGAGGGAUUUGGAGCUCAAAGGAGGCUUGGGAAGCAACACUAAGAGCAGAGAAGCCUACUUAGCAUAUAUUUCGGAAGGAAUGGGAAGGUUACAAGACUGGGAAAUGGUUAUGAAAUAUCAGAUGAAGAAUGGGUCUCUGCUCAAUUCACCUUCCGCCACAGCAGCUGCUCUUUCUCACCUUCAAAAUGCGGGUUGUCUGAAUUACCUUCGAUCUCUUUUAGAGAAGUUUGGGAAUGCUGUUCCAACAGUGUAUCCUCUAGAUUUAUAUGCUCGUUUAUGUUUGGUCGACAAUCUUGAAAGGUUGGGAAUCAAUCGGUAUUUUAGGACGGAGAUCAGAAGUGUAUUGGAUGAAACAUACAGAUGCUGGCUGCAGAGGGAGGAAGAGAUAUUUGCAGACACAGCCACCUGUGCAAUGGCAUUUCGGAUACUACGUUUAAAUGGAUAUGACAUCUCUUCAGUUCCAUUAGCUCAAUUUGCUGAAGACGAUCAGUAUUUCAAGUUUGGACAAGAUUUUAAGGACUUGGGGGCUGCCCUUGAGUUAUUUAGGGCUUCAGAGAUGAUUAUACACCCAGAUGAAGUGGUUUUGGAGAAACAAAACUCAUGGUCAAGUCAUUUUCUAAGACAGGGACUAUCGAACAGUUCAAUUCAUGCAGAUAGACUCAAUAAGUACAUUGCCCAAGAGGUGGAGGAUGCUCUUAGGUUUCCCUACUACGCAAAUUUGGAUCGCAUAGCAAACAGAAGAAGUAUUGAGCAUUAUAAUGUAGAUGAUACAAGGAUAUUAAAAACUGCAUAUCGCUCUUCACAUUUCUGCAACAAAGAUCUCCUAAAACUAGCAGUUGAAGACUUCAAUAUCUGUCAAUCAAUACACCAAAACGAACUCAAACAACUUGAGAGGUGGAUUAUAGAGAACAGAUUAGACAAGCUAAAGUUUGCGAGGCAGAAGCUGGCCUACUGUUACUUCUCUGCUGCAGCAACCAUAUUCUCUCCUGAACAAUCUGAUGCCCGCCUUUCGUGGGCCAAAAACAGUGUUCUCACAACUGUGGUUGAUGACUUCUUUGACAUUGGAGGCUCUGAAGAGGAGCUCCUAAACCUUAUUCAACUGGUUGAGAAGUGGGAUAUAGAUGUAGCCGUGGAUUGUUGUUCUGAACAAGUUGAGAUCGUUUUUUCAGCACUCCACAGCGCAAUAUCUGAGAUUGGAGUCAAAGCAUCAGCAUGGCAAGCCCGUAACGUGACAAGCCAUAUAAUUGAUAUCUGGCUGAAGUUGCUAAGAUCUAUGUUACAAGAAGCUCAGUGGGUGAGUAAAAAAUCAGCUCCAACAAUGGAUGAAUACAUGACAAAUGCAUAUGUAUCCUUUGCUCUGGGACCAAUUGUCCUCCCGGCGCUCUAUUUUGUUGGUCCUAAGCUUUCAGAGGAGGUUGUUGAAGGACCUGAGUGCCAUAAACUAUAUAAGCUUGUGAGCACCUGUGGGCGUCUUUUGAAUGAUAUCCACAGCUUUAAGAGGGAGUCCAAGGAAGGGAAAGCGAAUGCUCUAGCACUACACAUGAUACAUGGCAAUGGUGUCACUACUGAAGAACAGGCCAUCAGAGAGAUGAAGGGUUUAGUUAAGAGUCAGAGGAGAGAACUUCAGAGAUUAGUUCUACAGGAGAAGGGUAGCACAGUACCAAGAAUUUGCAAGGAUUUAUUUUGGAAAAUGAGCAAAGUGUUGCACACAUUUUAUGAGAAAGACGAUGGAUUCACUUCACAUGACAUGCUCCGUGCUGUGAAAUCAGUCAUUUAUGAACCUGCUCUUCUUGCUGAAUUCUAAGUAUAAGAAGUGCAGUGCCCCUUAGCUUGUGUUGUGUUGUGUUUCUUUCGGUUUUUGUUCUCUGUUUUUCAAAUGUUAUCUCUAUCCAUUGUAAGGUUUGCCAAAUAUUUAGACGACAUAUCUCUAUAUAUAUAAAUUACAUUGAGA